UCCGCCACAUAUCUCUUUCCUUCUUCCUCACCCCCACCACCACCUCUUCUCUUUCCCCCACCAACACCAACCCCACGCGACCACCCCCAAUCCUCGAUCAAACGCCCUAGGAUUUCAUCGCAAGCAAGGAAGGAGGAGACCAAAUCCAAUCCAAUCCCCCAUGGCCGGCGCGUCGACCUUCAGUGGCGACGAGACGGCGCCCUUCUUCGGCUUCCUGGGCGCCGCGGCGGCGCUCGUCUUCUCCUGCAUGGGCGCCGCCUACGGCACGGCCAAGAGCGGCGUCGGGGUGGCGUCCAUGGGCGUCAUGCGCCCGGAGCUCGUCAUGAAAUCCAUCGUGCCCGUCGUCAUGGCCGGGGUGCUCGGGAUCUACGGCCUCAUCAUCGCCGUCAUCAUCAGCACCGGGAUCAACCCCAAGGCCAAGCCCUACUUCCUCUUCGACGGCUACGCGCACCUCUCCUCCGGCCUCGCGUGCGGCCUCGCCGGCCUCGCCGCCGGGAUGGCCAUCGGCAUCGUCGGCGACGCCGGCGUCAGGGCAAAUGCUCAACAGCCAAAACUGUUUGUGGGUAUGAUCCUCAUCCUUAUCUUUGCGGAAGCGCUUGCACUCUAUGGUCUCAUUGUUGGUAUCAUCUUGUCAUCUCGUGCUGGUCAAUCCCGAGCGGACUAAUUUAUCAGGCUAUAAUGCCUGUAACACUUGUCUGUCAUGAAUAUAAUGGCAUGUCAAUAUUCUUUUGCUGUAUCUUUGUGGUUACGUACUGUUGUUCAGACUACGUUUUCUUUUGCUUAUUUUUGAGAUAGUACAACCAACUUAUAAUUUUGACUCACCCCAGAGCCAUGGCUACAUUUGUUGCAUGGGAACAUGGACUUAUAUGGUGCUAGACGAUUUGGUGAAUAAACAACAAAUUUUUGUACUGAAUAUUUAUCACUUGUGCUAUGGACACAUCGCUUGCCCCAA